GGCAACUAUCACUCGGCGCGGGCGGCGAUGCGGAUACUACCUGCUACCUAUUAAGGAAAAGGUCCUCGUUGGAUCGCCUUGUUCGAACUUGGCCUUAUGAGAUAAUUUCUUGGGCAUUUGGGUUAUAUAUUGCGCGUCACGACUGAUUUCCGACUGCCUUCCAAGCACUUUCUGUGCGCACAAUCUUCCUAGAGCAGAACUUUUGAGAAGAACAUCAUGGGUGAAGCGGCGGACAUCUUCCCCUCCAAUUUAGGCCCGGAAUAUGUGGGCUUCGACCAUGUCACUUGGUAUGUGGGAAACGCCAGGCAGGCGGCCAGCUACUACAUCACCCGCAUGGGGUUCGAACACAUCGCAUAUCGGGGUCCCGAGACUGGCUCUCGAAGCAUAGUGUCAUACGUGGUGUCGAAUAACGCCACCGCCUUUGUCCUGACAUCGCCUGUCCGUGCUAUCGCCCAGAGCGACCAAUAUGGGGAUCUGCCCGAGGAAGAGAAGCGCUCUUUGGCUGAGAUCCACAGCCAUCUGAUGAAGCACGGUGACGGGGUCAAAGAUGUCGCAUUCCGGAUCGAUGGCGAUGUGGAGAGUGUCUGGAAGAGGGCAGUCGAGCACGGUGCUCCUGCGAUUAAACAUCCCCAAAUACAGCACGACGGUGAGAAGGGCGCCAUCGUCAUAGCCACGGUCGGGACAUAUGGGGACACGGUACACUCGUUGAUCAAUCGUCAGCGAUACUCUGGUCCAUUCCUCCCAGGCUACAGGGCAGUAACAGAUCGCGACCCUCUGAAUCGACAGCUGCCAAAGAUCGAUUUCAUUGAGAUUGACCACUGCGUCGGCAAUCAGCCGUGGCAUGGCGUUGAUCCAGCCGUUCAAUAUUAUGAAAACUGUCUCGACUUCCAUCGGUAUUGGACCGUGGAUGACGCAGGCAUGUGUGGAGAAUUCUCUGCCAUGCGAUCCAUCGUGGUCGCUUCUCCCAACGAAGUGAUCAAAAUGCCCAUGAACGAGCCGGCCCCGGGUAAAAAGCGGUCGCAAAUAGAGGAAUUCGUUGACUUCUACAACGGCGCCGGCGUGCAGCACAUCGCCUUCCGAACCCACGAUAUCAUCACGGCCGUCACGCGACUGCAGGAGCGUGGCAUGACAUUCCUCUGCGUCCCAGACAAGUACUACGAUGGCCUGCGACAGCGUCUUUCCGACGGCGGACCCGAACUCAAGGAGGACAUCGACACGCUACAGAAACUGCAUAUCCUAGUUGAUUUCGACGAAAAGGGAUAUCUGCUUCAGAUAUUCACCAAGCACGUCGUGGAUUCACCGACGAUGUUCCUCGAGGUGAUUCAGCGCAACAACUUCGACGGGUUCGGCGCGGGGAACUUUAAGAGUCUCUUCGAGGCCUACGAGCGCGAACAAGCCCUUCGCGGAGAAUGGUAGAUAUGAUAUGAUAUAGAGCUCAUUUCGGGGAUGGAUCGCCAUAGAGUAGACCGAGAAGAAAAGACAAGACAAGACAAGGAAAGAAACAACCGGGCGGAAUUGGCGCGAGGAAUUGAUUCCGCUACCGAAAUAUAUCGAACCAACCCUCUUCGAUGAUAUCCAGCGAUACAACAACCAUCUACUCCGUAUCUAUACCUCUCUAUACCUAAACCAAAGCGCCU